GAGAGCUCUGCAGUACACUAUAAAGCUACUGCUGAUCUAACCGGGUGACUGUCGUCAUCCUCCAGAGCGCACAAAGCACGCAGUAGCCUAGUCAUAUUUCACCGGCGGAUAACGGACACCGGACAGGACAUUCCUCUUCACAAUGGAGUUGUUCCCAGGGCUGGUGAUGCUGGUGGCUCUAAUGGUUUCAGUUGGUGCUGAAGGUGGCGUCGGCCCCAGCAACAACUCCAGUUUCUGCACCGAGUCAAAGGAAUGUCUGGAGUAUGAGCUGGUGUGCAAAACAGACGAAUAUGAGGUCCGUCACUACAGUCCUACUCGUUGGGUGUCUACGGAUGCGGAGGCCUACUUCAUGGGGGUGGGAGCAGCCAUGGCCUUCAGGAGACUGUUCCAGUAUAUCACUGGGGCCAACAACGGAGGUCUCCAGAUGGAGAUGACUGCUCCAGUCCUGGUGAGGAUCCCUGAGGAGACCAGGAUGUGGGAACCAGCCAUCUACACCCUCAGUUUCCUGCUUCCAGCAGCCUAUCAGGAGAGGACUCCCACACCUACCAAUGACAAGCUCUACUUUACUGAGAUGCCCUCUAUGGAUGUGUACGUGCGUAGCUACGGAGGCUGGAUGUUGUCAGUGACCUCCAGGCUUCACGCUCACCUACUGACCAAGGAGCUGGCCAGGGUCCAGGCUGACUACAACCACACCUACCACUACGGAGUGGGUUACGACAGUCCUCUGAAGCUGCUGAACAGACACAAUGAGGUGUGGUACGUAGCUGAGGGAGAGGCUGUCUGCUCUGACCCCCAGGAACCAACCCCACCACACACACCUACCCCCACACACACAUCCAACGCCACACCCAAUGCCACACACACACCCAACGCCACACACACAUCCAUCACCUCACACACACCCAACGCCACACACACACCCAACACCUCACACACACCCAAUGCCACACACAUCCCCUCCAGCACCAUCUCUGACUCCCCCUCAGAUCUCCCAGCCAACCGGCCACCCACCCCCUCCCAGGACCCCAAGGUGACCCCCUCUCAGGGCCCGGUGGUCGGGGAGACCCCCUCGGCCAACAGCUCUGACCCCCAGACGGACGGCCCCUGGAACAACACUGUGGAGGCCUCCCUGGAGGACACCCCCUCUGAUAACGCUGUCGCCGACCCCGCUGACCUCAACCUGGCCUAGUUAUGGAAUACUAUACAUGACCCUGAACAGUAGAGGGGUACGGAGGGCUGCUGUGGUGAGAGAGCUCCUUCAGUUAGAUGUCCAUUUGGAAUUGGGCCCUUGUCUCAGUAUUUACUGUAAUACACCACCGCCCCCUACUGGUGUCAUAUGGUUACUACACAUAUUAGCUUUCUUCACCUGCCGCUCACCUGUUAUCCAUGUUACCACACUGAUCUGUUAUCCAUGUUACCACACUGAUCUGUUAUCCAUGUUACCACACUGAUCUGUUAUCCAUGUUACCACACUGAUCUGUUAUCCAUGUUACCACACUGAUCUGUUAUCCAUGUUACCACACUGAUCUGUUAUCCAUGUUACCACACUGAUCUGUUAUCCAUGUUACCACACUGAUCUGUUAUCCAUGUUACCACACUGAUCUGUUAUCCAUGUUACCACACUGAUCUGUUAUCCAUGUUACCACACUGAUCUGUUAUCCAUGUUACCACACUGAUCUGUUAUCCAUGUUACCACACAGAUCUGUUAUCCAUGUUACCACACUGACCAAUGGCAUCGCUGUAGAUCUAACCCUGGCCAAUGGCAGCGCUGUAGAUCUAACCCUGACCAAUGGCAGCGCAGUAGAUCUAACCGUGGCCAAUGGCAGCGCUGUAGAUCUAACCCUGGCCAAUGGCAGCGCUGUAGAUCUAACCCUGGCCAAUGGCAGCGCUGUAGAUCUAACCAUGGCCAAUGGCAGCGCUGUAGAUCUAACCUUGGCCAAUGGCAGCGCUGUAGAUCUAACCCUGGCCAAUGGCAGCGCUGUAGAUCUAACCCUGGCCAAUGGCAGCGCUGUAGAUCUAACCCUGGCCAAUAGCUGCGCUGUAGAUCUAACCCUGGCCAAUGGCAGCGCUGUAGAUCUAACUGUGGCCAAUAGCUGCGCUGUAGAUCUAACCCUGGUCAAUGGCAGCGCUGUAGAUCUAACCCUGGCCAAUAGCUGCGCUGUAGAUCUAACCCUGGCCAAUGGCAGCGCUGUAGAUCUAACACUGGCCAAUGGCAGCGCUGUAGAUCUAACACUGGCCAAUGGCAGCGCUGUAGAUCUAACCCUGGCCAAUGGCAGCGCUGUAGAUCUAACACUGGCCAAUGGCAGCGCUGUAGAUCUAACACUGGCCAAUGGCAGCGCUGUAGAUCUAACCCUGGCCAAUGGCAGCGGUGUAGAUCUAACCCUGACCAAUGGCAGCGCUGUAGAUCUAACCCUGGCCAAUAGCUGCGCUGUAGAUCUAACCCUGACCAUUGGCAGCGGUGUAGCAGUGUGGUAACUUUAUUCUCCUUUAACAUUAUUCAUUGUUUACAGAUAAACAGUUUUAUUUCUGUCACACUGACUAGAAGGUUCUCCACUCGUUGUCGUCUCCGUUGUGUAUUUAUUUGUCAUUAUUUAUACAUGUAUUUUCUGUCGUUUGCGAGCAGCUUUUACAUUCAGCUUGAUAUCAGUCGGUAGUGUAUAAUUGCUCACCAUGUUGUCUGUAUGACACUAUGGUGUGUGCGAAAAUGCUUAACUUGUAUCAUUAGUCAAAUAGUCGAAAUGUAACAAUUUAAAAGUGAUAGACUGAUGUUUCAUCUGUAGAUGUACCCGAGAGGGUUUCUGUUAGUCUGGUUGUCAUAUCUGUCAAGUCUUGAGGAUGGCGCAAUAAAACCACUAAAACAAA